AUAGACAUGCAGUAUGUGCCAUAUGGCGUGUUCUCAAUUUAGAACACGUAUUUCAGGUUCACUGUCAAUGUUUGCUGGGGGGAUUAACGUGCCUAAAUUGCGUAAAUCUACAGUCCAUCUUUCUCUGGCAGUGAUCUGGGUCUGAACAGCACGUCUCUUUAUUGAGGAACUGGGAGAGUGAACAACCCGUUCGCUGCAGGAAGGGGCAGACGCCAGGGCAACCACACUCGUUUGUGGCAGAGUGACCCCAGUGAGGGCAAACGCUGGGAGGCCAUGUCUGUGGCAGGCCUUCUCCCCCAGACGCCCUCAGCUGUGGUGCUUCUGGGAGCUGCACUGGUGCUGUUUGGGCUCUGCCUACUCACUGCCACCCUCACGCAGAGAAGGGAGCCCCCCGGCCCGAGGCCCCUGCCCCUAAUUGGGAACCUGCUGCAGCUGGACCUCCAUAGGCCCUAUCACAGCCUCUAUGAGCUGUCUAAGAAGUAUGGAUCGGUGUUCACAGUUCACUUUGGCCCCAAGAAGGCCGUUGUCCUGGCAGGGUACAAGACCGUCAAAGAGGCGCUUGUCAACCAUGCCACAGAAUUUGGGAACAGGGAUAUCUCUCCUGCACUGAGAGAUUUAUACAAAGAACACGGUAUGAAACGAUGUCUGCUUGUUUAGCUUGCAUGUGUCUCCCUGGGGCCUGGGAUCUGGAACAGGGACUGAAGUAAA